AUGGUUGACUCAAGAAACAAUAAAGUAUUCGGUUAUUCCAACAAUUUCUUCGAGGCUAACGAUAUUAUAAAAAUCGUGGCUGGCUUAUGGCGGCCUGGAAAAGACCAACCGCUAUGGCUGCGAUUACUGUACUUUUUCUACGUCGGUUUCAUGUACUUCAACGGUUCCGUUUACUUCGUUUGCCAGUAUCUGAUUUUCGACGAAAUGUUAAAAGAUAUACCAAAAUUGUUGAGCUGGUUCGGUAUGGUUUUGUCUCUUACGUUGGGCUUGGUUAAGUUGGGUAUAUUCGUUUUUGGUCAAAAGAAAGUCGAUAAGAUUAUAGCGAAUUUGCAGCAUGAUGAUUUUAAAUAUGCGUCGUUGGACGAAAACGGACCUGGGCAGAUGUUUUUAGAGGAAAAAAGAGCUAGCAGACGUGUUACUUUCUUGGUUUUUUGUAUGUACACGUGCGUUGGCAUAUCUGCUCAUAUUUCAUCAUCUGUGGUCCUCCACAGACAAAUUCCCGGUGAUACAUUUGAAGGCACCAACACAACUUGUUAUGAUUACAUGCCGUAUUUUUUUCUGAUCCCUUUUUCCACAGAAACGAAAUACGACUAUUAUGACGGUGUAUUCGUAGGAAUUUUAAAAUUAUUCAAAAUUCAGUUGAUAAUAGUAAGUCACGUAAUUUCCACAAUUCGUCAACGUAGUUUGAUCAAAUUAAAAAUGCCCGAAAAUAUGGAAAUCAUGCAUGACCAAGAAUGUCCGGAAUUGGAAAAUGAGAUGUACUGUCAAUUGAAACAUAUAAUCGAGCAUAUACAACUGUUAUUAGGAGCUCAAGAUGAUAUUGAAGGACUAUUCACUUUUGUGACUCUAUUUCAAACGUUAUCCUCGCUAUUUAUGUUUGCUUCUUGCAUGUACGUCGCUUCUAUUGUACCGGUGUCGUCUAGCGAAUUUUUCGCGCAAAUUGAAUUUUUUAUUAGCAUACUUAUCCAAUUGUUUGUGAUUUGUUGGGCUGCAAAUGAAAUUACCAUAGCCAAUAUAUUAAGAAAAUGA